CGGAGCUUCGGCCGGUGGAGGUGUUUUUUAUAGAGUAGGAGAAAAGGGUGGGAGAUAUUUGUCCUUUCCAAUGUGGUUUUGCUUCAUUUCUGCGGGUGGUGCUGCGCCCUCCAGCUUGGCUCCAGGUGUGCAGAGGUAGAGAUCCAGCAGACUCUGUCAGUUUCGCAUCUCUUCACAAUGAGACUGGUCUGGGUUCACCUCUUCGCUUCACCUUGUAGUUGAUAGUUCUAGAUGAGGAGGAAAUGCUGGAAUAGAGAUGGCAGAUAGUGUCAAGAUCUUCCUUAAUGAUCUCAUCAGGGGAAUUAAAGAUUCCAUAUGGGGGAUCUGCACCAUCUCAAAGCUGGAUGCACGGAUCCAGCAGAAAAGGGAAGAGCAGCAAAAAAGAAGAGCAAGCAGUGUGCUUGCUAAGCGAAGAGCACAGAGCGAGGAGAGGAAGCAGGAGAGUGAACCCCGGAUAGUAAGUCGUAUAUUUCAGUGUUGUGCAUGGAAUGGAGGUGUGUUCUGGCUUAGUCUCCUCUUGUUCUACCGUGUUUUCAUACCUGUACUUCAGUCAGCAACAGCACAUAUAAUUGGUGACCCUUCGUUACAUGGUGAUGUCUGGGCUUGGCUGGAAUUUAUCCUCACCUCCAUCUUCAGUGCUCUUUGGGUCCUUCCCCUCUUUGUGCUCAGCAAAGUGGUCAAUGCUAUCUGGUUUCAGGACAUUGCUGACCUGGCGUUUGAGGUGUCAGGAAGGAAACCCCAGCCUUUCCCCAGUGUCAGUAAAAUUAUUGCUGACAUGUUGUUUAACCUUUUACUGCAAGCUCUUUUCCUCAUCCAGGGUAUGAUAGUAAGCCUGUUUCCUAUUGAUGUCAUUGGUCAGUUAGUCAGCCUUCUGCAUAUGUCGCUUCUUUACUCGCUUUAUUGUUUUGAAUACCGUUGGUUUAACAAAGGAAUUGAAAUGCAUCAACGGUUAUCCAACAUUGAAAGGAACUGGCCAUAUUACUUUGGAUUUGGUUUACCACUCGCCUUCCUCACUGCAAUGCAGUCGUCUUACAUUAUCAGUGGCUGCCUCUUCUCCAUUCUUUUUCCUCUAUUUAUCAUCAGCGCCAAUGAAGCGAAGACACCAGGAAAAGCAUACCACUUCCAGUUGCGCCUCUUUUCCUUGGUGGUCUUCCUCAGCAACAAACUCUUUCACAAGACAGUUUACCUUCAGUCUACCCUCAGCAGCUCUUCUUCAGCCGACCGACUGCCCUCACCCCAUUCAUCACCUGCUCGACAAAAGGCUGCUUUGGCGCACUGAACCAUAACCAAAGUGGGGGGAGAAGGAAGGGUUGGGCAUCGUUUCCUGGCUGCUGGGGGGCAUGUCCAUAUGAUCAAAGGAAGGGGGCAGUAAGCUGCCUGCCCAAGGGGUUGUGUCGUCUUUUCUCUCGUCACUGUUGAGAGCUCCAGUUGGACAUUGGUUUCGAAUCGCACAGGAAUGUGUGGUUAAAAAUAUAUAUAUUUGUGUGUGGGGGUGGGAGAGGGAGCAGAAGAACCUGGGUUUUUUAACACCUUUGUUGAGUUUUUCAAAAGCUAGGUUCUUGGCUUGUUUUUCUAGUGUGAAAUGGACCUGUGCCUGUAAUGUUUUUGUAUACUAUAACCCCACGACCUCCCUGUGCCAUUUUUUUCCUCCUCUUCCCAGGAUGGUUUUUUUGUAAUGCAUAUUUUUCUCAUAGCUUUGUGAUGCUGAAUGGGGUCUUUUACGGUGAACUGCAGCACAAGUGUCGGGUUGCGUCAGAAAUCAUAGUUCUUUGUAUAUUUUAACUCAGGUCAGGAUUUUGUAAUUCCUGUUGUGUCGAAACAAAAAGUGGAUCAUGUAGUUUUUAGGUGUAAGGUCAAGAGACAGAGUUGAAGAACUCGGACAUCAGUAUUGUUCUUGCUAUAACUAACGUAAAUUUGAUAGUGGUACCCCUUGAAGGACCGGGGCGGAUGUCAUUUUUAACUGUUGUUAUGCUGGCAGGGAUCCGCUUUUGAUGGAUGAAACAAAUUCCUAACCGUAACAGCAGAAUGUAUGGAAUUUUUUACAAAAAAAUCACAAAACAAAACAAAAACUCUGCAUCCUUAGGAGCUGUUUCAAAAGCUCCUUCUGAACUCUGAAAGGGAAAUGCAAAAAGCGUACGGGUAAGAGUCAGGCACUGAAAUGGAAACCUGUUGAAUCUGUGUCUCGGCUUGUAAAAUUUGCAGUGUAAUGUCUUGGAAUAAGUAGGUGCUUUGAAAAAUUCAUGUCUUUCUAUAUCCGAGUGGUGACUAAAGGAGGAGGCCCAGUAGAUAACCAUGGAAAACCAAACAAAAAGUCAUUUGGGUUUCUACAGGAUGUCUGCAUGAACUUCAAAGAGACAGUUAACUUCUUGAGUCUCUGUAUGUUAGGUAUGUCUUCAUAAGCAAAAGGACCAGCUCACAUCAUGCUUGACGGAUAGCUCAGAUACACAGCCUGACCUGAGAUUGUUAUCCCAGUGAAGUUGGAAUGACGUACACCGAAGUGCUCCUGUAUGGUUGUAAUUGCAGCUGAAUAAUUAGUCAGCUCAGGAUACCUGAUCUUUGUAUGUGUCUGUCUCUCUCUGUGUACCUAUGUAACGGCGUAUGCACAAAGGGAGCGCAGCUGAUCCUGAUUUUAGAAAAUGUUUCUCAUGCAUGUCAAACUUGUAGGGCUGAAAACUAUGACAUUAAAAAAAUCCUUUGGGUUUUUUCUGAACAGAAAUCAGCCAAUAGACAAAACUUUUUUUCUCUAGUAUUUUCACACUGAAAUAUUAAAUGAAAGUGGAAAAGCAA